CCUGCCCGGGACCCGGCCGAGCGGAGCCACCGCGCCCGCGCCUAGCGGAUCGGAGCCGCGCGCCCGCCGCGCUCCACCCGCGCGGGUGGCCCGAGGCAGCCAGGAUGACAGCUGUCUUCAGGGACCCUGCUACCUGCUGAAAAACAUGAUCAGCAAGUCCCGCUGGAAGCUCCUGGCCAUGUUGGCUCUGGUCCUGGGUGUCAUGGUGUGGUACUCCAUCUCCUGGGAAGACAGGUACUUCGAACUCUUUUACUUUCCUGUACCUGAGAAGAAAGGGCUAUGCCUGCAUGGGGAGACUGAGAAGACCGUAUCCCAGCUCUUCGGCAACUACUCCCGGGAUCAGCCUAUUUUCCUGCAGCUAAAGGAUUAUUUCUGGGUCAACACUCCCUCGGCUUAUGAACUUCCCUUUGGGACCAAAGGCAGUGAGAACCAUCUGGUGCGGGUUCUGGCCAUUAUCAGUCAUUCCAUUCCUGAGAGCAUCCAAAGCCUCAAGUGUCGCCGCUGUGUGGUGGUGGGCAAUGGGCCUCGACUGCGUAACAGCUCCCUGGGUGGGGCCAUCAACAAGUAUGACGUGGUCAUCAGACUCAACAACGCCCCGGUGGCCGGCUACGAGGGUGAUGUGGGCAACAAGACCACCAUGCGGCUCUUCUACCCCGAGUCAGCCCAUUUUGACCCGCAGGGGGAGAACAAUCCAGACACUCUCUUCGUGCUGGUGGCCUUCAAGGCGCUGGACUUCCACUGGAUUGAGACUAUCCUUAGAGACAAGAAACGGGUGGGAAAGGGCUUCUGGAAACAACCCCCUCUCAUCUGGAAGGCGAACCCUGAACAGAUCCGGAUUCUCAACCCCUUCUUCAUGGAAGUUGCAGCAGAGAAACUGCUUCACCUCCCAGUGCAGCAGCCCAGAAAGUUGAAACAGAAACCCACCACGGGCCUGCUGGCCAUCACCCUGGCCCUCCACCUCUGCGACCAAGUACACAUCGCUGGCUUCGGCUACCCUGAUGCCUUCCACAAGAGACAAUCCAUUCACUACUAUGAGCAGAUCACGCUCAAGUCCAUGGCGGGGUCCGGCCACAAUGUGUCCCAGGAGGCCCUUGCCAUCAAACGGAUGCUGGACAUGGGAGCAGUCAAGAACCUCACCUCCUUCUGAGUGGUCCAGAGCCAACCACUGCUCUCUCCUCUGCUGCCUGAGCCCCCCCACCUAUGGCUGUGGGGGUAUCUGGUGCCAUCCUGACCUGCCCCUGCUCCCUGGUCCCCACCCCGAGUGGGGAAGGAGUCCCAGGCCGGGCCCAAGAUCAGUUCUCUGGGGGCCAGAUCUGGCCUGGUGGAGGUGCUGGGGCCCAGGGGCAGGGCACAAGGCCAAGGGCCACGGCCUCCACUCUCCCGCAGCGGGAGAUUAUUUAACGGGCUAUUUAAUUCAGGGUAGGCGUGUGCUGAGGGCUGGCCCUAUGGCACCCAGGAAAGGAGGCACAAACAGUGUUGUCCACUUUUUAUAGAGACGCACCUGAGCCAGACCCACGAAGGCCCCAAAGCAGGUGUGGAGUGGGUGGGUAGGUGGGUGGUGACUGCCCCCUUGAGGGGCCAGUACCUCCCAACAGGCUUGGGACAGCCUUGAUGUGCAUUCCAUGAAGAAAAAAGAGAUGGGAAAGUUAUCAUUAAACUAUUUUUCCUAAAAUGGAA